UAAGGCCUGGGAGCACGGGCAGAGCCAGCUGCCAGCUUCAGCGUCUCCCUCUGAGUGAGCCCGGAGAGUCCUUCGAGCAGGGCUCAGCUGCCCUGUGACGCCCAGGCCCGGAUACUCAAACUGCUGCCAUGUCUGCUCCAGAGCAAGGGGGCCAGGAGCCCCCCAAGACCAAGGGCAAGAGCCUGGGCAGCUUCUUUGCUUCCCUGCCUGGCUUCAGCUCUGCGCGGAACCUGAUGGCUGGUGCCCACAGUGCCACAAAAGAGGCCAAGCCAACUUCUGACCCCACAGGUGUCCCUGGCUCUGAGGCUCAAGCAGCCACCAACCCAGAAGUGAUGGCUAGGGACACGGAGAAGCUGCUGCAGCCUUCAGAAAAGAUGCCCAGGACCACGGAUGCCGUCUCCUCUGGGGUGGCCAGCAUGAUGGAUGCAGCAAAAGGGGUGGUCCAGGGAGGCCUGGACACUACACGAUCAGCCCUCCUGGGCACCAAGGACAUGGUCGCUGGAGGAGUCACAGGGGUGGUGGGCAUGGCCAAAGGGGUCCUGCAAGGGGGUCUGGACACUUCAAAGGCUGUUGUCACUGGCACCAAGGACACAGUAACCACCGGGCUCACAGGGGCAGUGAACACGGCCAAGGGAACCAUCCAGGCUGGUGUGGACACCACCAAGACUGUUCUGACCGGCACCAAGGACAGCGUGUCUACUGGGGUUACAGGUGCAGUGAAUCUGGCCAAGGGGACAGUACAGACUGGCCUAGAUACCACCAAGACCAUGCUGACUGGAACGAAGGACACCAUCUGUAGUGGGGUGACUGGAGCCGUGAACAUAGCCAAAGGUGCUGUCCAAGGGGGCCUAGGCACCACCAAGUCUGUGGUCACGGGCACGAAAGACACAGUUGCCACUGGGCUCACAGGGACAGUGAACAUGGCCAAGGGAGCUGUCCAGACUGGUGUGGACAGCACCAAGACCGUGCUGAUUGGAACAAAAGACACAGUGUCCGCUGGGCUCACAGGAGCAGCGAACAUGGCCAAAGGCACAGUGCAGACCGGCCUGGACACCACCAAGACUGUGCUGACUGGCACCAAGGACACGGUCUGUAGUGGGGUGACUGGAGCCGUGAAUGUGGCCAAGGCAGCUGUCCAGGGAGGCCUGGACACGUCGAAAGCUGUUCUCACAGGCACCAAAAACACAGUGUCUGCUGGACUCACAGGGGCAGCGAACGUGGCCAAGGGAGCCGUCCAGACUGGUGUGGACAGCACCAAGACCAUGUUGACUGGAACAAAAGACACAGUGUCUGCUGGGCUCACAGGAGCAGCAAAUGUGGCCAAAGGCACAGUGCAGACCGGCCUGGACACUACCAAGACUGUGCUGACUGGCACCAAGGACACGGUCUGUAGUGGGGUGACUGGAGCCGUGAACGUGGCCAAGACAGCUGUCCAGGGGGGCCUGGACACGUCGAAAGCUGUUCUCACGGGCACCAAAAAUACAGUAUCCACUGGGCUUACUGGGGCAGUGAAUGUGGCUAAGGGAGCCGUCCAGACUGGUGUGGACAGCACCAAGACCAUGUUGACUGGAACAAAAGACACAGUGGCCACUGGACUCACAGGGGCAGUAAACAUGGCCAAAGGCACGGUGCAGACCGGCCUGGACACCACCAAGACUGUGCUGACUGGAACGAAGGACACUGUCUGUAGUGGGGUGACCGGAGCUGUGAACGUGGCCAAGACAGCUGUCCAGGGGGGACUGGACACGUCGAAAGCUGUUCUCAUGGCCACCAAAAACACAGCAUCCGCUGGGUUCACAGGGGCAGCAAAUGUGGCCAAGGGAGCCGUCCAGACUGGUGUGGACAGCACCAAGACCAUGUUGAUUGGAACAAAAGACACGGUGUCCACUGGGCUCACAGGAGCAGCGAACGUGGCCAAAGGCACAGUGCAGACCGGCCUGGACACCACCAAGACCGUAUUGACUGGCACCAAGGACACGGUCUGUAGUGGGGUGACUGGAGCUGUGAACGUGGCCAAGACAGCUGUCCAGGGGGGCCUGGACACGUCAAAAGCUGUUCUCACGGGCACCAAAAAUACAGUGUCCGCUGGACUCACAGGGGCAGCGAACGUGGCCAAGGGAGCCGUCCAGACUGGUGUGGACAGCACCAAGACCAUGUUGACUGGAACAAAAGACACGGUGUCCACUGGGCUCACAGGGGCAGUAAACGUGGCCAAAGGCACAGUGCAGACCGGCCUGGACACCACCAAGACUGUGCUGACUGGAACGAAGGACACGGUCUGUAGUGGGGUGACUGGAGCCGUGAACGUGGCCAAGGCAGCUGUCCAGGGGAGCCUGGACACAUCAAAAGCUGUUCUCACAGGAACCAAAAAUACAGUGUCCACUGGGCUCACAGGGGCAGCGAACAUGGCCAAAGGCACAGUGCAGACCGGGCUGGACACCACCAAGACUGUGCUGACUGGCACCAAGGACACGGUCUGUAGUGGGAUGAGUGGAGCUGUGAACGUGGCCAAGGCAGCUGUCCAGGGGGGCCUGGACACGUCAAAAACUAUUCUCACGGGCACCAAAAACACAGUGUCCACCGGGCUCACAGGGACCAUGAACAUGGCCCAGGGAGUCGUCCAGACUGGUGUGGACAGCACCAAGAUGGUGCUCACCAGAACAAAAGACGCAGUGUCCACCGGCCUCACAGGGGCAGUGAAUGUGGCCAAAGGCACAGUGCAGACCGGCCUGGACACCUCCAAGACAGCGCUGACCAGCACCAAGGACAUGGUCUGUAGUGGGGUUUCUGGAGCCAUGAAUGUGGCCAAAGAUGCCAUCCAGGGGAGUCUGGACACUACCACCUCUGUCAUCACGGGCACCAGGGAUGUGGUUUCCACUGGGUUCAUAGGGGCCAUGAAUAUGGCCAAAGGGGCUGUCCAGGGUAGCCUAGACACCACCAAAACCAUGCUGGCUGGCACCAAAGAUGCAGCCUCUGCUGGGCUUGCUGGUGUGGGGACCAUGGCCACAGGCACUGGCCGCACUAAUCCUAGCACUGUGCAGAAGUGGCUUCCUGCUCCCCAAGACACCAUCUGGGGUGAGCCUAUCAGCUGCAAAGCCUCAGACAAAGGUGGGGAACACACUGCCCUGAGCUCCCCAGAAGCCCUGUCCACGGGGCCCUCUAGCUUCUCAGACCCGCUCGGUGUAGACUUGCAGUUUGCUGGGGAAGCUGCAGCUGCCACCAGAAGCCUAGUGUCUGACAGGGCCAUGGUCACUCAUGGGGCUGCCUCAGGUGGCCAGCAAAGAGCCACCAGCUUCACAAUGCUCCGGGACGAGCUGGAGGGGCUGGAAAUCUUCCAGCCCAUGAGCACUGAGGAACAAGCCCAGCUGGCAGCCUCCGAGCCAGGGCCCAAGGUGCUUUCUGUCGACCACGAGAGCUACUUUGUCCGUCUCGGUGACCUGUCCCCCAGCUUGCGCCAGCGUGCUUUUGAACACGCCCUAAGCCACGUGCAGCAUCGCCAGUUCCAAGCCAGGGAUGCUGUGGCCCAGCUCCAGGACUCUUUCAGGAUGAUUGAGAAAUCCACACAGGCUCUGGGACGGCCACUGUGUCUGGACCAGGGCCUGAAUGCCCCAGUGGAGGGCCCUGGGAGCUCCGAGGUAGGUGGGGCACAGGUGCUGGCCAGGGUCUGCACACUCAUCCGGCAGCUGCACACAGCCUACAGUGGCCUGGCCUCGGGCCUGCAGGGGCUGCCCGAGCACCAGCAGCAGGUGGGCCGUGCACGGCACAGCCUCUGCGAUCUCUACAGCAUCGUGUCUUCUGCCGGCCCCGGUGAGGAGCUGCCAGCUGAGCGCCUGGAGCAGAGCCGGGAAGGUGUGGGCCAGGCAUGGCGUGGGCUGGACCAGCUGCUGGAUGGCCUGCAGCACAGCCCCCCACUGGGCUGGCUCGUGGGGCCCUUUGCCCUGGCCCCUGGCAUGCAGCAGGUGUAGGCGGCACAGCGCAGGUGCAGGCAUCUCCCCAGCUGCCCAGCCAGGGAGCCUCUUCAGAACCUUCUCCUCUAAACCCAGAUCCAGUUCCUAAAGGUCUUGGCCCAGUGGGUCAGAGCUGGCAAGACGCCGAGGGCCCAAGGGGACAGUUUCUGGGUCCUACCAGCAUGCAGGCUUGCCUAUGCCUCCCGUCCUUUCUCCAGACGCCCCUGACCAGCACUGUGACUCCAGUUGAAGGUGGCAACUGAGCCCCCAAUCAGAGAGCCAGACAUGUAGAGGGUCUAAAAGGACCUGAGCCCCCACCAGGAGACUUUCACUUCUAGGGAACUCUUCUACUACCAGUGCGUGACACCCCAUGGCCAUCUUUCUCAGACAGGUCUGGGUGAGGGCCUGGAGUGGAAGCUAGAGGCCCUGUCCUCCCAGUCUUGGCCACAUGGACCCUCGGGAUGCUAAAGGGCAGGCUGUGGAUUGCGCAGCUGGGGCUGGAGAAGGCCAGAGAAAGCAGUGGUGACAGUGCCGCCUCAUGGACGGGGCCCAGCUCAGCCCGCUUUACUGGAACCCCCACCUCCGGCCCCAGGAGAUGAGGGACUGGCUUGUCCCUAAGAGCCUUAUGAAUGCCAUGUUCUGGGAGGGCUGGGCUCCUCUCAGCAGAUGACAGUGCCAUGACAGGGCCUGCCAGGCCUCCCAAGCCCUUCCCUCCUCAGCCUGCCACAGAAUCACCAGGGGCCACAACACUAGACACAGACACUCGCAGAAACCAGGCCCAGGACCUCGAGCUCUGUCCAGCAAAACCACGCAGGGCCCGAGGCUCAGGAAACCUGUCCCCUACACACCCAUCUCCUGCUGGGCAAGGAGACCUGACCAUCCCCUGCAGUGGCAAGGCACUCCUGACGGAGAAAGGACUCUGCUAGAAACUGCAAGCACACUCCACUGGGAUCCCACCCAGUGCCAGGAGGUGGGAGGAUGGAGGAGCCCAGAGAGGGUGGGCCCAGUGCCCAAGACCACCCAGCAAGCUGGUAAGAGCAGGGAGGAGCUUGGUCCCUCGAAAUGGACCACAGUAGCUCUCUGGUUCCAAGUGCCCUGAGCUGGCACCAGGGAUUUGGUCUCCUGGGGCCCAUGGCCAUCUUUGGCCUCAUGGGGCAGCGGCAUGGCCAAGUGAGCCAAGAUCAGCCUCUGCCCACUUCCGACCACAGCCAGCCCUGCCCUCCUUGGCCAUCUCUGGCCCCGCCUAGCCUCCCCUGCCCAGCCCACAGCAACAAAAGCUGAACCUGAGGCACCCCGGCAAGGCUCCACCCUGGUCCGUCAUGCUCUGCCACACCACUCCAGGUGUCCCACAGAGUGACCCAGGGCCCCACACAGGCCCUCUGACAGCUGCAAACUGCUCUCUGCCUCUGGCCUCAACUGGCUCACCAACACUAGGAAACCACGCCAAUAAAAGUGAUCUUUUUUCAUUAAAAAA